AUGACUAUAAAUUUUGUACCAGGGGAGGUAAAUAAUAGUCCGUACUCUGUGCUGCAAGGAUUAUGGAAAUCGCAUCAUAUAAUAGCUUAUGGGUCCGGGAACAAUUUGAUCAUAUACGCCACAACAACUGAUAGUACAAAGCAUAAAAAGUCAGAUCAUUUACAAACUAUCUACUUGGAGGCAGAUCCGUAUGCAAUUGAUGUCAAUUCAUCCAACGGGUUCAUUGUUAUUUCAAUUGGGAAUAAUAUUGUUGUCUAUAAGCCACUUAAUGAAUACAUGCUGAAACCGCAAUGGUCCCAUGCCUUAGAAUUUGAUAACGUUGAUUCUACAAUGAUAAGUUGCUUGCAAUGGGCACCAUUGGAGGAUGAGCUAAUAGUGGGUUCAAAAGAGACACUAGCACUUUACCAUAUUUAUGAUGAGUAUGGAUCUUUGAGAUAUGAAAAGAGAUGGCAUUCAAUUCAAGCAAACCCCAUUAUAAAUAUCAAAAUCACAAACAAUUCCAACAAAAUCAUAACCCUUAGCGGUAAUUAUGAACGGUUGGUAAAAGUAUGGUCUAGAAUUAACUAUGGUGAGAAUACUUUGUUUGAACUUUCUUACUUGAACCAUCCUUUAAAUACGUACGUGACUGACCUCAAAUGGAAGUAUCGCAUCCCAUCUGAUUCGAUCAACACUGUAGACAGCUCUAUGGCAAAUAUAAAAAAUAUUCGUGGGUACAUUGAUAAUGGUAAUGAUGAUAAUGAUAUAAUCUAUACGUUGACAAACGAUAAUAUUUUGAGAGUAUGGGCGGCUUAUGAAUUUAGUGGCCACAACCAUUUCAGAUCAUGGGCUUCUUUAGACUUAAGUGAGUGCUUUGUGGACGACGAGAUAAUUUCUAUGGUUACAAUAGACAAUUUUCAUCUUCAAAAGACAUUAAUCCCUCAGAUAGAGGCAGGAAAUGGAAGCUCCAAUAUAUAUAAGUAUUUUGAGAACCAGAACUUGAAUGAUUUAGAUCUUUUGUUUGUAAUAAGUAAGCAAGGAAAGGUUGCAAUUUAUUCUAUUUUGAAUAUUUCAUUGACUCCGCCAAAUGCAAUUAAAUUUGAGAGAUUGGAUCAAUCUAAUAUGAGUUUCGAUAAGAAUUCGUUUCCCAAUGGAAUUAAUUAUACGAAGUUUGAAAAUUUGACGAAAGAGAUAAUCCAGAGUGAGGAAUUUUUGAUAAAUUUAAAACCAAUUAUAUUUCCUGAACUAGAAUUUUUAGAUAAUAGCGACAGCUCAACCGGAUUGUCGAUAUUAAUCCAUGAUAGACUAAAAAAUACAAUUAGAUUUAAUGCAUUUGAGUUUAAGAACAUUUUAAAAUCAGAUUCAUCUGUUCUAGGUGCAAAGUUGAUUGACAAAUUUCAAGGUCAUACUAAAUCAAUCCGAAAACUAGUGAAAUCAUAUUCCUCAUCUGCAUCUAACAAUAUUGUAUUUUCGAUUCUGAAUUUUCCUGAACAUAACUACUUAUGGGAACCAUUACUGAUUGGUUCUUCGAAUACUGAAAGUAUGACAAUAACUAAAAAAUUUCAAGUUAACUUAAACCAUGGCUCUAAUAUAAACGAGAAAAAUCAAGGGAUAUGGGACAGUGUCUUGUUGAAUGAUAUUGAACCCCCCAAUAAAAUUGGAAGACAUCAUUUAGUGGUAGCGUUGGAAAAAAAUGGCCUUAUAAGUUUGUGGGAUUGCAAUGCGUUAACAUUGGAUAUUCAAGAGGCGGCGCUUUUAGAAAGGUUAGAAAUUUUGAAUUCAAUCAAUGAACGUAUAAUUCGGGAACCAAGAGCAUUUGUGAUAACAGAGUUUCCUAAUGAAUCUAACCAUACAAAAGAAUAUUGCAUAAUUGCCAUUUUUGAAAAUGAUUUGAUAAAAGCAUGGAAACUCAUAAUUAAUAUCAAUACUCAACCAUUAUCUACUAGCUUGAAGCCGUUAAAUAUUAACAACUUACCACAAGAUGAAAAGAUCCAUCAAAUAGCGUUAAUUGAUUCAUUUGAAUCCAAAGGUGAAAGGAAUUUGGUAUCUGUAAUAGAUAAGCAAGAUAAGGUGAAGUUUUUUGCAAUCAACUUUGCAAAAUCGCGGGACUCACUAGAAUGGAUUGAGACCUAUAGGCUUCAUACCAAUAUAUCGGAAGCCACUAAAAUUCACGGAGCAUCAAUCAUCAAUAAGUUUGCUAUUGUUGACAAGACGGGCUCUCGAUUAACAAUUUGGGAUACCAAAUCUGGCGUCUUAGAAUACGAAGAAACAUUUGACGAUAGUUAUGGCGCUGUAACAGAUCUUGAUUGGACAUUCAUUACUUCAAAUUCAGAAAGACUGACAUCUAACGCUAUAUUGUCAGUUGGUUUUCUGAGAUUUGUUUUGUUAUACACACAAUUGCGUUAUGAUUAUACUAAUAAAAUCCCAACAUUUGCAGUACUAAAAAAGAUCGAUAUCUCAAAUUAUACAUCGCAUGAAAUUGGAGAUCUGAUUUGGCUCGAUGAUGGUUAUUUGGUCAUAGGCUGUGGUAAUCAAUUUUUUAUAGAUGAUAAAUGGGUAAAGCUUGGUAGCUCUGCUAACAAUUCACUUGAUUCGACAAUACGUCAAUUGAUGGUAGGAUACACCAACAUAGAAAAUGAGGACUAUGAUUCAUCACAAAAGGAAACCAAAUCUACUUAUGAUAUGAUUUACGAUAUCGAACAAUUAGUUCGAAUUUUGAAUGGUCCGUUACCUGUAUAUCAUCCUCAAUUCUUAAUACAGUGUUUAUUCAUGCAUCAGAUUUCAUUGGUGAAAGAUGUUUUCGUCAGAUUAUUCCAAAUAUUACGGAAAGGUGAUUCAAUCCAAUGGGAUUUGAGUAUGGAUUUGACUAACGAAGUACUUGAAAAUAACGAGUCAAGACAAAGUGGAGCAAGUACACCUUCUUUGUCAAGUAAGAUUGAUAUAAUUAAUGAUGCGUUUUCAAGCAAAUUCGAUUCUUCAGGUAUUCAUAUAUUUAACUCAUUCAAUGAUAAUUUACUGGAUUUAUUAAUUGAGAAGUUAAUGAAGAUUUCCCUACCUUUGUUAACAAGACACCAACAAAUCACGUUAAUUUCAAUAAUUUCAAUUGUAAAGGAACUCGGAAAAUAUUUAAUGUCCUUGGAUGAGAAUGGACUAAGAUUCUUAAUGGGCUUUAAGUUGUUUCAGCUAUCUUCAAAGCAAUCAAAGCUAACAACUAGAGAUAUCAGCUGGGCUUUGCAUAGUGAUAAUAAGGAAAUGCUACUCACAAUGGUAGAAGAGUACUUCAAAAAUAGACUUAAAUGGGAAAAUGUCAAACAAAUAGGACUUGUUUAUUGGGUUGAAACGAUAAGAUUGACAAAAAUCAUGGAAUCAUGUGCUAGAAAUGAAUUUAGUGAUACAAGAGAUCCAUCGGGAAGGGUUUCAUUAUUUUAUUUAGCUAUUCGUAAGAAACAAGUUUUAAUUGGAUUAUGGAGGACAGUCAGCCAUACAGAACAGCAAAAGAUGUUAAAGUUUCUAGCAAACGAUUUUAAUGAAUCGAGAUGGAAAUCUGCCGCAUUGAAAAAUGCGUACGUAUUAAUGGGCAAACAUAGAUAUAUUGAUGCAGCAUAUUUCUUUCUUUUAGCAGAUGCAUUGAAGGAUUGCUGCAAUAUAAUAGCUACGAAAUUGAAUGAUGUCCAAUUAGCGAUAGCUAUAGCUAAAAUUUACUCGGCGACGAGUAAGGGUACAAUCUCAGAGGGUGAAAUCAUUAAGAACUUGAUUGAAAAUUAUAUGGUACCAGAAGUAUUGAAAAAUGGAGAUAGAUGGAUAACUAGUUGGAUAUUUUGGGAAUUGGAAGAGCAUGAAAUAUCAAUCCAAGCGUUAAUCAAAUCGCCUAUAGAAAUCAUUAAUCAUCAUAAAGCAAAAUUUUCUGAUGAUUGUUCUAAAAAUUAUAUUAGCAAAAUCACACCAAGAUUUUCAAGUAUGAGUUUCUUGAAAGAUGACCCGGUCUUGAUUAUUUUGUUCCACGCUUUAAGACAGAAGACAAUUAAGUACUUGAAAGGAUCAUUAUCUAUCGCACCAGACGAGGAAUUUAAUUUUAUUAUAAAAGUUUGUUCGAUAUAUACAAGAAUGGGAUGUGAUUAUUUAGCUGUGGUAUUAAUUAGAAAUUGGAGUUUCCUCAAAUAUGAUGAAUCCAAGAAUGAAAUUAAAUGGUCAAAUCAUACGACGGAGAACACGAACCAAUCAAAUGAACAACAAAAUACAUUAUCAUUUACUGAAAAUGGCAUUCAUCCUGAAAAUAUGACUCAGAAGAUCAAUGCUCAACCACCUCCACCCACAGCUUUCCAAGAACCAGACAUGAGUGCCUUUGAUUUCGGCUUCUGA